UGCGAGAAGAAAUUAAAACCAUGACGGACUCCAAGUACUUCACCACCAAUAAAAAAGGGGAGAUCUUUGAACUGAAAGCCGAGCUCAACAAUGAGAAGAAGGAGAAGAGGAAGGAGGCAGUGAAGAAGGUCAUUGCUGCCAUGACGGUGGGGAAGGACGUCAGCUCUCUCUUCCCGGAUGUGGUGAACUGCAUGCAGACCGACAACUUGGAGCUGAAGAAGCUGGUCUACCUCUACCUGAUGAACUAUGCCAAGAGCCAGCCUGACAUGGCCAUCAUGGCGGUCAACAGCUUUGUGAAGGACUGCGAGGAUCCCAACCCUCUCAUCCGCGCCCUGGCGGUGCGUACCAUGGGCUGCAUCCGCGUGGACAAGAUCACCGAGUACCUGUGUGAGCCGCUGCGCAAGUGCCUGAAGGAUGAGGACCCGUAUGUGCGCAAGACGGCGGCCGUCUGCGUGGCCAAACUGCACGACAUCAAUGCCCAGAUGGUGGAAGACCAAGGGUUCCUGGACUCCCUGCGCGACCUCAUUGCCGACUCCAACCCCAUGGUGGUAGCCAACGCCGUAGCCGCUUUAUCGGAAAUCAGUGAGUCUCACCCCAACAGCAACUUGCUGGAUCUCAACCCGCAGAACAUCAACAAGCUGUUGACGGCCUUGAAUGAGUGCACCGAAUGGGGCCAGAUCUUCAUCCUGGACUGCCUCUCCAAUUACAACCCGAAGGAUGACCGCGAAGCCCAGAGCAUCUGCGAGCGAGUGACCCCUCGCCUCUCUCACGCCAACUCUGCCGUGGUGCUGUCGGCCGUCAAGGUCCUCAUGAAGUUCCUGGAGCUCCUCCCGAAAGACUCCGAUUACUACAACAUGCUGCUGAAGAAGCUGGCUCCCCCUCUGGUCACCCUCUUGUCCGGAGAGCCUGAAGUCCAGUACGUCGCCCUGAGGAACAUCAAUUUAAUUGUGCAGAAAAGGCCAGAAAUCCUGAAGCAAGAGAUCAAGGUUUUCUUUGUGAAGUACAACGACCCCAUCUACGUCAAACUGGAGAAGCUGGACAUCAUGAUCCGUUUGGCCUCCCAAGCCAACAUUGCUCAGGUCCUGGCGGAACUGAAAGAAUAUGCCACGGAGGUGGACGUGGACUUUGUCCGCAAGGCUGUGCGUGCCAUCGGCCGAUGCGCCAUCAAGGUGGAGCAAUCUGCCGAGCGCUGCGUGAGCACCCUGUUGGAUCUCAUCCAAACAAAGGUCAAUUACGUUGUCCAGGAAGCCAUUGUGGUAAUCCGGGACAUCUUCCGCAAAUAUCCCAAUAAGUACGAGAGCAUCAUCGCCACCCUGUGCGAGAACCUGGACUCUCUCGACGAGCCAGACGCCCGAGCAGCCAUGAUCUGGAUCGUGGGCGAGUACGCGGAGAGGAUUGACAAUGCGGACGAACUCCUGGAAAGCUUUCUGGAGGGCUUUCAUGAUGAAAGCACCCAGGUGCAGCUCACCUUACUGACCGCCAUAGUGAAGCUCUUCUUGAAGAAGCCGUCGGAGACCCAGGAGCUGGUUCAACAGGUGUUGAGUCUCGCCACACAGGAUUCUGAUAACCCAGACCUGCGGGAUCGUGGCUACAUCUACUGGCGCCUCCUCUCCACAGACCCCGUGACCGCCAAGGAGGUGGUCUUGUCGGAGAAGCCCCUGAUCUCCGAGGAAACCGACCUGAUCGAGCCCACCUUGCUGGAUGAGCUGAUUUGCCACAUUGGCUCCUUGGCCUCCGUGUACCACAAGCCCCCCAACGCCUUUGUGGAGGGCAGUCACGGAAUCCACCGCAAGCAUUUGCCCAUCCACCAUGGGAGCACCGAUGCUGGAGACAGCCCGGUGGGAGCCACGACUGCGACGAACCUGGAGCAGCCCCAGGUUAUCCCGUCCCAGGGGGACCUCCUGGGCGACCUGCUGAACCUCGACCUCGGCCCUCCGGUGAACGUGCCCCAGGUGUCAUCCAUGCAGAUGGGUGCCGUGGACCUUCUCGGAGGAGGGCUGGAUAGCCUGCUUGGCAGUGACCUUGCCGGGGGAAUUGGAGGAAGCCCUGCAGUGGGACAAACCUUCAUUCCCUCGUCGGUGCCCGCGACCUUUGCCCCUUCGCCGACCCCGGCCGUGGUCAGCAGCGGUCUCAACGACCUCUUCGAGCUCUCCUCCGGCAUCGGCAUGGCGCCCGGCGGAUACGUGUCCCCCAAAUCGGUCUGGCUGCCCGCAGUGAAGGCCAAAGGGCUGGAGAUCUCCGGGACGUUCGGCCACCGGCAGGGACACAUCUACAUGGACAUGAGCUUCAGCAACAAGGCCCUCCAGCACAUGACGGACUUUGCCAUUCAGUUUAAUAAGAACAGUUUCGGAGUCAUUCCCAGCACUCCUUUGGCCAUCCACACUCCGCUGAUGCCAAACCAGAGCAUCGACGUCUCCCUUCCCCUCAACACUUUGGGACCGGUCAUGAAGAUGGAGCCCCUGAACAACCUCCAGGUGGCCGUGAAGAACAACAUCGACGUCUUCUAUUUCAGCUGCCUUAUCCCUCUCAAUGUGCUUUUCGUAGAGGACGGCAAAAUGGAACGCCAGGUCUUCCUUGCCACAUGGAAAGAUAUUCCAAAUGAAAAUGAGCUCCAGUUUCAAAUUAAAGAGUGCCACCUGAACGCUGACACCGUGUCCAGCAAACUCCAGAACAACAAUGUUUACACCAUUGCCAAGAGGAACGUGGAGGGCCAGGAUAUGCUCUACCAGUCCCUGAAGCUCACCAACGGCAUCUGGAUCCUGGCCGAGCUGCGCAUUCAGCCGGGGAAUCCCAACUAUACGCUCUCGCUGAAAUGCCGGGCUCCCGAAGUGUCUCAGUAUGUCUACCAGGUCUACGACGGCAUUUUGAAAAACUAACACACUGGAACCUACC